AUGACGGACGAAGUUCAAGAACAAGCGUUCAAGGAUCUCAUGGCAGAGUUGGAAGCAAAGAGGUGGACUCCGCUUAUGAACUCGGAUGAUAUCCAAGAAGCCAACGAUCUCGUCUCAAAGGCGGCCCAGAGUCAGACGACAACUAUGACCAUAGCAAGCACGCUCUUCACUGCCCCUAAAGGAAAUGCAAAAAAACAACAGCAUAAACUGCCUUUCCUUCGGACGAAGGUCGAUUUGCACUCCGCCCGCUACAACAACCUCACAACCAGCGACAUCCGCUGCCUCAUCCCGAGCUACAUCCCUUCUCACGACAAGGUCUACCUCAAGAGGAAACGCUUCAUCGAGGCACGCUUCGGAGCUCACAUGACGUACUCGUUGCUGUGGUUGUUCCGAGCUGUCAAGAAGAUCAUCAAAGGCACAGACGCUUGCAUGGAUAGCUGUGGCUGGGACACUGAGGGUUUCUUCGCGGACUUGGCUGUGGAGCAACGGAAGACGAUACUCGGUGCUAUCUUCGACCAGUAUCCUUUGUGGCUCCUCACCCAGUUUCGCAAGCGCGAGGCAGCCUCGGUCGAUUUUAAGCAACUCUGGAGCUCGGUCGAUAGCGAUGGCUCCGAUCGGGUGGCGCUUCGCGGCUUCUACCGCCUGAUGUUCGUCGAGAUGGGAGAGGCUACGUACGAGAUGAGGGUUGUCAGGGGGAUGAACGAGAAGAGCGAUGAAGUGAGGAGGGCAAAGGCAUGGAAGGAGUUUGCUGGUUGCGAGGCUGUUCAAGCUUUGAAUCUUGGUGGUGCUGAGAGCUUGCCGAUAGUUUGA